AUGCAGUUCCUCACGCUCGCUCCCGCCCUCGUGGCUGUCGCCUUCGCGGCUCCCCAAGGCGCCACUGACAAGCUGGCGCCCAGGGCUGACGCCCCGGCUGGCUGCUCGGGCAGCUUCGACGGCAACUUCGAGAUCACGAUCGCUAAGGUGACAGAACAGAAGAGGAGUCUCGUUGAGAAGCGCGAUACCUGCGGCAAGGAAGGCAUUCUAGUCCUAUCGUUGAAGGACGGCGAAACAACAGACGCUCAAGGCCGAACUGGAUACAUCGCGUCCAACAACCAAUUCCAAUUCGAUGCCCCUGUUCAGGCUGGUGCGCUCACCACCAGUGGCUUCUCGGUGUGCGAGGACAACCUGUUGGCGCUCGGUGACUCCAAGACCUUCUACCAGUGUCUGUCGGGAGACUUCUACAACCUGUACAACCGCAACUGGGCUCCGCAGUGUGAGCCCGUCUCCAUCGUCGCCGUGCCCUGCGGCGGCAAGGACACGGCCUCGCAGGUCGGCGAUGGUCAGGUCGUUGGCACUACCCUCGUCCAGACCACCAUCGUGACGGCCCUGACCGACGGCCAGCCCCAGGUGGUGACAACGGAGGUGCCCAUCCCCAUCUGCCAGAUCGGCGACGGUCAGGUGCAGGCGGUGACCACGCCCUGCAUCUCGGUGCCGGCGUCGGCUACCAGCACCUACGUGCCGGUCAGCGAGUACACCGACGGACAGGUCCAGGUGACUCCCCCGGGCACCGCCCCUGCGCCAUCGGCUACCGCCACCGAGACUGCGACCGCUGCCCCCUCAUCGCCUGAGACCGCUUCCCCCUCGUCCCCUGAGACCUCAGCACCGGCGGGCACGGCACCGGCGGGCUCAGCACCGGCAGGCUCAGUACCGGCGGCCAGCUCCAGCGGCGCGGCGGCCCCCAGCGGCAGCAGCAGCGGCGCAAUCUCCAGCCCUUCGGUCACCGCAACAUCUACGACGGUGGCUAGCCCCAGCUCGAGCGCGCCGGCGACGACCUCGGCACCGGCGCAGGGCGGAUCCUCGCGUGUCACCGCCGGCUCCCUCGGCGCGCUGGUGGUCGGACUCCUUGUCGCGGUUGUCUGCUUGUAA